AUGACAGCAAUGAUAACAGCAACUUUCAGUCCCGGGUGCGAGUCAAUCGAGAUUGUCGACAAAAUCACCGAGAGAAAUCCUUUGCCAUGGCCUGCUAGAACCUGGUAUGCCGAUGGUAUGCCAAUUGACCGCGACAGCAACGAGGAAAGUGCCGAAGAGCCCACAGGAACCAUCUCGUCUUCUUCAAUCAACCUGGCCAACACAAUACUGGGCUCGGGCAUGCUCAGUAUGCCCAAUGCGAUGGCCGCGCUGGGGCUGGCCUUCGGCUCGCUGGUCAUCGCGUUUUCGGCAAUGACGUCGGGGAUGGGCCUGUACCUGCUGUCUCGCUGCGCGCGUCGGACCCCCGGGCGCGACUCAUCAUUCUUUAAUGUUGCAAAGCUCACAUACCCCAGUGCUGCACUCUUCUUUGAUGCGGCCAUUGCUGUAAAGUGCUUUGGCGUGUCGAUUUCGUAUUUGAUCAUCUUUGGAGACUUGAUGCCGGAGAUCAUAAAAGCCUUUGGCUUUGAGGCCCAUUUUCUGCUGGCACGUGGGUUCUGGAUAACCUUUGCAAUUGUUGCUCUGGCUCCACUGGCCUUCCAACGUCGGCUGGACGCGCUCAAGUACACCAGCUUCACAGCCCUGCUGGCAGUUGCCUACUUGAUUUUGGUUGUGGUCAUAUUUUACUUUUCGCCCAUUCGCAAGCCGCUGCCCGCAGGUGAUGUUGUACUAUUCCGAUGGUCAAAAGACUUUUUCACGCACCUUCCCGUCUUUGUGUUUGCGUUCACCUGCCAUCAGAACAUAUUCAGCGUCUACAAUGAGAUGCAUGACAACAGCUCUAAGCAGGUCAACGGCGUUAUUGCACUUAGCAUCGGCAGCGCCUGCGCAGUUUACCAGUGGAUAGCAAUUCUGGGAUACCUCACCUUUGGAAGCAAAGUGGCACCCAACUUGCUGACAAUGUACGACAAUGGCACGACAGUCACGUUCUGCCGUCUGUCCAUCGCCAUUCUAGUCUUGUUUUCGUACCCACUGCAGUGCCAUCCGGCGCGCAACUGCCUGGAUAAAGUCAUCACUGGCAUCUGUCACGUAUGGAGCAAAGAGCCGGACUUUGAGGCCAUCACGGACAUUGGCGAUGAUGUUGACGCCGACAUGUUUGUCAAUGAAGCGGCGUCGUAUUCGCCAGUUGUCCACAUCAUGUCACCCGCAAAGCACAUAAGCAUUACAGCGGGGCUCAUGUUUUUUUCGUACAUUGUCUCAAUGGUGGUUACUAGCCUCGAUCUUGUUUUGUCCUUUGUCGGGUCGACCGGGUCCACGUGCAUUUCGUUUAUUUUGCCGGGCGUUUUCUACUACAAGAUGCACCAGCAUUGCGGGUGGACUCGCAUGAAGAUCAUUGCCGUGUUAUUAGCCGUGUAUGGUGCGUUUGUGCUUGUGUUCUGCCUUGGCGCAAAUAUCAUGCGUGUGAUUAGCGGCGACUAUUAA